GAUUGGGAGAAAUACGUCGACGGCGUUCGCCUCACGGAGGCGAACUUGCAGAUGAUCUACGACACCAAGCACAGCAGCGACGCUCGCGUCGACAGCGUGGGUUCACCUGAGGCGACAGCGUCGGCAGCUCAGGCUCACCCGCAGCCGAGCAUGCCCGACAAUGGGUGGUCACCUGAGGCGACGCCCUCGAGGGCGACGCCCUCGGCGUCGCCCGCGGCGUCGCCCGUGGCGACGUCCUCGGCGUCGCGCCCCAAGCGCCAGGUCAACCUGUUUGGUCAAUUCGUUGACCCCUAG